GCGCAUGUGUCCGCCGGCAUGGCCGAUCUCGCCGCCCGCCUCAUCAAGCGACUCGCGGACGCCAACAGAGACCGCAACCUGGUCUUCUCGCCGAUCUCCAUCUACGCCGUCCUGGCGCUCCUGGCCGCCGGCGCCGGUGGGAAGACCCUGGAGGAGAUCCUCGGCGUCCUAGGCGCGCGGUCCCGCCUCGAGCUAGAGGACUCGGUGGCGCGUCUCCUGGACGGAUCGUCGAAUCCCGACGGCGGCGGGCCGAGCGUGGCGUUCGCGUGCGGCGUCUGGAGCGACCUGACGCGGCCGCUGAAGCCGGCCUUCCGUGACGCCGUCGUCGGCAAGUACAAUGCCGAGGCCAGGUCCGUCGACUUCCGCAACGACCCAGAGCAAGCGGUGCAGCAGAUCGACGCGUGGGCCGCAGCGGCCACGGGGAACCUCAUCCAGUCCGCCGUCCCUCCGGGAGCCGUGCACCGGGGCACGGACCUGGUGCUGGCCAACGCCAUCUACUUCAGGGGCAAGUGGGACCUGCCGUUCUACGAGAGCUCGACCAAGAACAGGCCCUUCUACCGGCUCGACGGCACCGCCGUCGACGUCCCCUUCAUGUCCAACUACGACCGUCACUUCAUCGCCGAGCACGACGGGUUCAAGGUGCUCCAGCUGCACUACAAGAGAAGUUCAUGGUACCCUCGUAGUCAGAACCACGGCAUGUCCAUGUGCAUCUUCCUCCCGGACGCGCGCGACGGCCUGGCGAGCCUGCUGGACAAGAUCACGUCGGCGUCCCCGGCAGGAUUCCUGCGCGAGCACCUGCCGAAGAGGACGGUCUCGGUCGGCGAGUUCUGGGUGCCCAAGUUUGAGCUCUCCUUCCAGAGCAACCUCGUCGGCGUCCUCAACGACCUGGGGCUCCGGCUGCCCUUCACCCAGGAUGCGGACCUCUCCGAGAUGCUGCAAGAGCAGGACGGCUCCGGCUCCGGCUUGCCGUUCCUCGUGCAGGACGUCUUCCAGAAGGCCGUCAUCCAGGUGAACGAGGAAGGAACCAAAGCCGCCGCCGUCACCAUGUCAUGUUUCUGGAAUCCGUCAGCAGCCCCUCCUAUCUUGCAACGACAGGUGGAUUUCGUGGCCGAUCACCCGUUCGCCUACUUCAUAGUGGAGGAGGCGUCGCACGCCGUGCUCUUCGCGGGGCACGUCGUCGACCCCGGCAACGGCGCCGCGGCGGCGAUCCCGUCCCCCGCCCCGUUCCAGGAGCGCGCCACCACCAAAAGAGAACCUGAAAACGAGGUGAUGAACGAGCAUACGGGUUAUGCUCCCGUGUAUUAUGUUCCCAAACCCGUGUCGCCGGUAUGCGAUCCAGUAUCGCCGGUAUACAACCCAACGUCGCCGAUACAGCCCUGUAGCUUACAGUCCGCAACCGCCGGCGUACAAGCAUCACCGCCAGAGUGCAAGAACCUCUCCCCAUGCAGUCCAGAGGAAGCCGCGACGGGGGAAGAGGAAGUGCCCUCGGAGAAAACAGACUGCACUGCACGCUUGGACUACUUGUCUGAUCUCAAACAAGGGUUUCAACUCUUCGUUUCGGAUCGUACAAUCUCCGACCAAGUUGCAGCCGGAAACCAGGCAAUCAUCUAUGCGCCGGUCACCGCCAAAGCCAUUAGAAAAGCUUUCCGGCAGGCAAUGCCGAGAGAGCAGACAUCGAUCUUCCUCCUGUGCCAGCUCGGCCGAUCUUUAAGCGACCUGCCUGACCAUAGUUUCUUACCAUCUUUGAUCAGCUCGGUGUCUCUGCUAUAUAAGCUCCCCCAGCUCAGGGAGUUAGAAAAUGACCACAUCGGUCGUGUAUAA